GGCUCCGAUGAACGACUUGGAGACCACUAUUCAGUCCAUAUUAGUCGAGAGUGGAUUAGCUUCCAAGUCUGGAAAGUCCGAAGAAGAAAAAAUUCGCGAAUUUGAAGAGCUUGAGACGAAUAAACUACCCUUAGAAGAAGUCGCUAGGCGACGACAGGAGCUUCGCAGAGUUCGAGAACUAAUGUUCCGCGAGGAGAUCCGAGCUAAACGCGUUAAGAAAAUAAAGAGCAAGUCAUAUAGGCGUGUACAUCGGAGAGAACGCGAACGGGACGCCCAAAGGGAAAAAGAUGCGCUCGCUGCUGAUGGUGUCGAGGUCUCCGAAGAUGAGCGCGAGUACAAUGACCGUCGUCGAGCUGAGGAGCGAAUGGGCGCUAAGCACCGCGAGAGCAAGUGGGCUAAAGGUGUCAAGAAGAGCGGGAGAGGUGCGUGGGAUGAGGAUGCCCGUGCUGGUGUGACUGAGAUGGCCAGACGGAACGAGGAACUUAGGAGAAGGAUUGAGGGCAAGGAUGUUCGUGAUGAAGACCAUGAUAAUUCAGAUCUUAGCAGCGAGGAGGAUGAAGAAGAUGAGGAUGUAGACGAAGAAGAGGCGGAAAACCGCAGACUACGCCGUCAGCUUAAUCGACUCGAGGGAAGUGGGACUACGAAAGACGACUCUAAGUUGGGAUCUAUGAUAUUCAUGCAAAAGGCGGAGCAGGCUCGAAAAGCUAGGAACGACGAAGAUAUCGAGCGUAUCCGGCGGGAGCUAGCUGGUGAAGAGACACAGAGCGACGAAGAAGAUGAGAGGCGUGCUAGCAAAGGCCGAAGGAAGUUCGGGCCUGUGUCACAGUCAUCCAAACCAAAACGACGGCCAUUGAACGAGUUCGAGGAGAAACCAGGAUCAGAUGAUGAAAAUGAGGAUGAUGAAUUGGAUGUCAUCCUCGACAGGCCUGAGACUUCGAGCUCCGAAAAACCACGAUCAGCUGGAAAGAAAGCUAGAUACCAGUCCACCGGACUCGAUACUGAGGAUGAUGCGCCGACAAGCAACCCGUAUCUUGCAGCAACCGUUAAAAGUAAAAAGUCAAAGUCCACCAAAGACGCGUCUUCCGAUGUUGCCCCUGUGGUAAAUCCUUUCCUCGCGGCAUCCGUCAAAGACAGGAAGGCUGCGCGUCCGUCCAAAGUAAAAGAGGCUGUUGAAAGCGACCCGCAAAGUAAGACUGGUAAAUCUGACUCUAAGACGGCGUCAAGCCGUAAGCCACCAGCCACCUCGAUCAGCGGACCUGACGCCGACGGCUGGCAAACCGUCACUUACCGCAACGACGGAGUGAACUCGGAUCAAGAGGACUCAGAUGAUGGCCUUCUCAACCUCCCUUUUGUGCAGCGCAACCAAGAGCUCACAGCCAAAGGCUUCGCCGGCGACGAUGUCGAAGCCCAAUUUGCAGAGGAAAAGAAGGCAGCCAUAAUUGACGAGGACGACAAGAUUGUUGACAAUACCCUUCCUGGAUGGGGUAACUGGGUCGGCGAAGGCGUCAACGAGAAGCAACAAGCCCGCAACAAGGGUCGUUGGCUAACCAAGCAAGCCGGCAUCAAAGCCAAAGAUCGCAAAGAUGCCAAGCUAGAGCGAGUCAUCAUCAAUCAGAAGCGCGUCAAAAAGACUUCAAAGUUCCUGGCGCCCGUUCUGCCGCAUCCGUUCGAGAGCAAGGCGCAGUACGAGCGUAGUUUGCGCAUGCCGCUGGGCCCGGAGUGGAGCACGAAGAGCAUGUUCCAGGACAGUACGAAGCCUCGGGUUUUGGUCAAGCAAGGCAUCAUUUUGCCGAUGGAGAAACCGAUGGUUUGAGGUGUUCUUCUCUGUGAUGUUUGAUGAAACGAGUUUCUUUGUUGCAAACGUAGUACAUAGAUCUAUGUAUACACAGCUGACAGUAUGGUUGUGCUGUGGCACGCCCACGGUCUCCCAAAUUCAGCGGGUCGCUAAAUGUAGAAAUACAAUUCUUCCCUGUGUAA